GUCUUGCCUGUCCCCUAAAGACGGAUUUUAGAAUGUUCAAUCACCGGCCAGUGAGGCUGCUUAUAUAAAGUAGAUGAGUGAAAUAUGAGAAAAUCAACCAGCAUGAAAUACGACGGACUGGCAAGAAGAGCUAUCCUCUUCGUCGCCUUUAUCAUUGCGACUACUGUCCUUUACGGCCUUACAACCAGACUUUUGUUCACAGCUCCUAAUUAUGACGACGUGAGCAUUGAUCCGGAAGGAGGAAGCUACUACGACUAUGGAUCGAGAGUCGCAGCUGCCGUUUGGAAAGGAGCUGGUCAAUGGAUGGGAACAUCAGAGUCUACCACAAGCGGGUUGGUCGACACGGAGAUGAGCAGGAAAGAAACAGUAGCGAAUGUCCGUGGACAGAACGCCACGUCGACUCAGAGCGAUGCACUGGACCCGAUAUCAACUUUUGGGCUCGUGGUCAGGCAAGAAAAGGUAUCGAGAAGACAGCGACUACGGUUUCAUCGUGGAGCCCCAGAGCUGGAUCAUCUCGGUCCCUGAGCGUGUCCCCGUCCGCCCCUACCUGAUACCAUCAUGAACGUGCCUACUGCAGGCAGCCAACCAUCACACGUCGAAUGCGUCUGCCACGGGCUGCGCCAGUCGGUCUCAUGGUGUUCUCGGAUGAGUCCUUGACUGCCGAGAUAUCGGUUCUCAUCGAGCUUACAUAGAUGCUUGGGUUCUCUGCCGUGAG